AUGACCGACAACCUCAAGACACCAAAAGUCAACACCAGGAAAUCUGCGGAAAUCAAUCCACCAAAAGACCUUCUUCAAGUUGAGGACGUCCAGCUUUUGGCUGAAGGGAUAACGACCGUGGUGACAUUACACCUCAAGGCGCACCAUCUCAUCUGCUACAGCAGCCCCUCAACUCCUCCCCAAGGGACAUCUACACCCAGCAAACCUGCGAAGAGCAGAUCAGUGGUGUUCGCAUAUGCUCUCUUCUCCUCUGUCAUCUACCGGCCAACUCCGCCAACUUCCAGUCAUCAAUCUUCAAUACGAAUCCGAACGCGCGACUUCCGGUUUGCCAGACUCAUCUUCAACCAGGACAAGCAGGCUAGGGAUGUUUUCGAGACCUUAAAAUCAUGUACAUGCACGCUAGGAAGCAUCGAUAAGCUGUAUGCCUUCGAAUGCGUACAGCCCAACGGCGAAGGGAUCAAUGGGUGGGAGAUUUACGAUGCCAAAGCAGAGUGGAAAAGACAGGGGAUUAGUGACAAGGAACCAGAUAGAGGUUGGAGAAUAUCAAAGAUAAAUGUCGAUUAUGGGUUUUCAGAAACCUAUCCAGCCCUACUACCUGUUCCUUCCAGCAUCUCCGACAAUACCUUGAAUUAUGCUGGUAGAUAUCGAUCGAGGGCCCGGAUUCCUGCGUUAACGUACCUACACCCAGUUAAUAAUUGCUCGAUUACAAGAUGUUCGCAACCCCUGACUGGCCUUCGAGGGAAUCGAAGUAUCCAAGACGAGAAGCUCGUUGCGGCGUGUUUUUCGGCUUCCGCGCCUCUUGCAGAACGUGAUGUGAACUCGAGCAUAUCAAGCCGGGCGAGCCCAGCGUCUAGUCAGGUUGAUCUCGAUUUAGAAAAGGUGGAAGGAGAAUUGAGCGAUACGGAAAAGUUGGAGGACCAGAUGAUAUCCGCUUCAUCGAAGAUUGAAAUUCAGGAUGCGCCUCACAUUUAUGGAGCGCAGCAGAACAAUCUCAUCGUCGAUGCUCGUCCUACUGUUAAUGCUUUGGCAAUGCAGGCAGCGGGAAAGGGCUCGGAAAAUAUGGAGCACUACAAAUUCGCGAAGAAAGCAUAUUUGGGAAUUGAUAACAUCCAUGUCAUGCGAAAGUCACUUGAUGUGGUCAUCGAGGCUAUCAAGGAUUCCGAUGUGUCGAAACUUCCUCCAAACCGCGACUUACUAGCUAAGAGCGGAUGGCUUAAGCACAUCACGGGAGUACUAGAUGGAUCGGCUCUCAUUGCUCGCCAAGUUGGAAUUCAACACUCACAUGUUCUGAUACACUGCUCGGAUGGAUGGGACCGCACCAGUCAACUGAGUGCCCUAUCUCAAUUGAUGCUUGAUCCUUACUACAGAACUAUUGAGGGAUUUGUAGUGCUUGUGGAAAAGGACUGGCUGUCCUAUGGACACAUGUUUCAACUUAGAGGAGGCUAUUUGAAUAGCGAGAAGUGGUUCAAAAUAGAUAAGGAUGCUAUGGCCGGCUCAGCGAUCAAUCCUGGCGACCGUGGAGAAGGUCGAAGUGAUACGUUCGAAACUUUGUUUCAAGGCACGAAACGUCUAUUUGCUAAAACGCAGACAUCAGCCCAAGAUCACGCAGAUCGGGAGUCAGGGGAUCUUCUCGAAGACGCCAAAAGUGCCAAUUCUGCUAAAGAAGCUACAGAUUUAGAAAAUAUCAGUCCGAUUUUCCACCAAUUCCUCGAUGCCACUUAUCAACUUCUCCACCAGCACCCUACACGCUUUGAAUUCAACGAGCGAUUUUUGAAGCGAAUGUUAUACCACCUGUACUCCUGCCAAUACGGAACAUUUCUUUACAACAACGAGAAGUCAAGACUUGACGCCAGAGUUCAUGAACGCACUAACAGCGUCUGGGGAUACUUCCUAGCAAACAAAGUGCAGUUCCUAAAUCCACAAUACAACGGAGAAAUUAACGACAAUGUCAGAGGUCAAGAGCGCCUUUUGUUUCCAAAAUUGGAUAAAGUGCGGUGGUGGAACGAUGUCUUCAACCGAAGUGACGCAGACAUGAACGGGCCCAGCAACGCUGUCACAGAAAGAUACCUUGGCGGAGACAUGACUCCAGAUCGUGGACGGAGUAGUCCUAGUCCGCGACCUAAUCCUAAUAAUCUCGGAAUCAACCAGGGUGUCUUGACAGGCGUGGAGACUGCACACGCGGCCUUGACGGUUAAUCGAACAUCAAGUCCCACGAGAGUUGUAUCCAAUGGUGCAGUUGCCGGCUUCGCGACCCUGAGAGACGGUAUUGCAGGACUAGGUUUAGGCAAGGGGAAGUCAGCAUCUGGAAGCUCGAGUGGUGCCAACGGCGGGAAUAGCCCAGCGAGCUGGAAAGGCAAAGGCAGGGAAAUGGAGGUCGAAAUGCAGAGGGAAUUGGAAAUACAGACAUCCUGUAUCAAGUUUACGGGUUUCUCCACUGCCAAUGUAUCACGAGAUAUGGUAGCAAUUAAAUCAGGGGUAUUCCGGAUCGAGAAGACCAAUCUUGUAUAA